AUGAUCCAGAUUCCAGUGAAAUUAUCACUACCAUCCACCAUCAAAAAGAGCCUAUCACACAGUCUACCCUCAAAAGGACCAUUCAUUACCACGUCACAACAUGACCAACACCACAACCACGUCACAAACCAUGGACACACCACACCCACGUCACAACUGGGACACCACCACACCUACCACGUUCACAACAUGGACCACACCACACCACGUUACACACAACAACGACCCCACACACACAACCUCGUUACACGUCACAACAUGGACACACCACACCUCGUUACACGUCACGACACCACACCUCGUUACACGUCACAACAUGGGACACACCACAUGUUACACCACAACACACACCACACGUUACACGUCACAACCAUGGACACACCAACACGUUACACGUCACAACAUGGACACACCACACCUCGUUACACGCGUCACAACAUGGACACACCACACCUCGUUACACGUCACAACAUGGCCACACCACACCUCGUCACACGUCACAACAUGGCCACACCAUACCCGUUACACGUCACAACAUGGCCACACCAUACCUCGUUACACGUCACAACAUGGCCACACCACACCCAGUCACAACACGGCCACACCACACCACGUCACACGUCUCAACAUGGCCACACCACACCACGUCACACGACUCACAUGGCCACACCACACCACGUCACACGUCUCAACACGGCCACACCACACCACGUCACACGUCACAACACGGCCACACCACACCACACAUGGCACACCCACGUCACAACACGCACCGAAUCGCCUCAAAACCCGCCCGCCGAACCCAUGUUUUAUUCAAGCAGAUCGUUAUAA